AUGGAUUUGUCGAAAGUAACUUUGAGCUUUGCCGAUUUCGUGCCAGUCGGGUUGACCAGAGACUAUCUCGAUGGGCAGUGCAGAGAAGUAGAGAUCGUUUGUCUCGACGGAUCGGAAUUCGCGGACAAGGCGGUAUUGACAUUUUCUUCGUCGUACAUCGCUCGAUUUCUCCGAAAUUCUCACUUUGAAGACUCUUCGAAAGCAAUAGCAGAUAACAAGAUCGAGUUGGGCAAGCCUAAGGCGCUCGUGAAGUCCUUUUUGGACGUUUGCUACGGGGUUCCAUGCAAAUUACAGCCGAUUGAGCUGGUCAAGCUCUUCCAGUUUUCGAUUUUUCUCCAAGCCGAUCGAAUUAUAAAAGUAAUUGGAAAUACGCUUUUUGAAUGCAGCACGAAAAAUCCUCGGUUGUGGGUUGGAAUCCUUUUCGCUUUUGAUCACCUGACCGACCCUGCUAUUGGAGAUCUUUUCUUGAGAUUGAAGGAAAGCUCGAAACACGGAAGAUAUCAAGAUUUCUUCACGAAAAUGGACUUGAAAUGGCUUUUGUCUGAAAUCGACAAUGAAAACUACUGGAACGGCGAGUUGACUCACGACGACCACAUCCCUUUGAUGUAUCUUCAGAGCUUCGGGACAAUGCUUCAAGUCAAAGAGACGCACAAAGAUCUGGCACACAGACUUAUGUUGACUCGCUUCAUGGAAUUCCUCUCAAACCCGCUUGAGAUCAACUUCGAGUUCAAGGUCUCGGAAGACAAGUCGCCUGCCAAGUCCAUGUGCUAUUCUGCUGAUGGCUACACUUUUCAAAUAACGUAUUUCAUAUUCAUAUGGCUUUCAAUGGCAUUUCUCGAGUUCGGCUGGCAGCUCUUCAGCAUCAACCCCUUCCCCGACACAAUUUCCAUCCCCUUCGCGGACAUUCCCAACUACAGCUAUCCAAAAAUCGCGACAGAAAUGAUCCCAGACUGGUUAAUCUGGACGAUUCUUAUUUGCACUGGCCCGGUUAUUCACAUUCUCUUGCUUGCUUUUGUCCGUUCUUACAGACUUUCUACUCCGCAAUUUAUCAUGGCUUAUGGAACCGUGCCGCCUAUAAUCUGCUUUCUUGUCACUGCUUUGAAAUUUACUGUUGCUGAACCGAGACCGAACUUUCUUCACCGAUGCUUUGAUGGGCCAAAAUCAUCUGCUCAAGUUGCUCUUUCGGGCUACGAGAUCAUGAACUACAACAGCUCGAUUUAUCCAAAUGCCGAAAUCGUCGUCAGCUCCUGCCCAAACGAAAACCCGACCCAAGUUAUUGGAGGACUCAUGUCUUUCCCCAGCGAUACCAUUCAAUUAUCCGAAAUUGAAGGCUACAACGUGCAUAAAAAUGGAACAAAGGAAGAAGUUCCAAGAAUCAAAUCCUCAACGCUCAACGAUUGGUAG